AUGGCUCGACAUCCCACCCUCGAUCUCCCUCCCGAGGAGGUCCAUCACUACGAGGACAUCUCCGAGGUGCCCUGGGAUAUCCAGAACUACUGGGCACAACGCUACAAGAUCUUCUCCAAGUACGACGAGGGCGUCUGGCUGACCGACGAUGCCUGGUUCGGAGUCACACCUGAGCCGGUGGCCAACAAGAUAGCCGACCACCUCGCCGCCGCCGCACCCCCCGGCCGCAGCGUCCUGGUCGACGCCUUCGCCGGCGCGGGCGGGAACUCCAUCGCCUUCGCCCUGUCCGGCAAGUGGAAGCGCGUCUACGCCAUCGAGAAGAACCCGGCGGUGCUGCAGUGCGCCAAACACAACGCCGAGAUCUACGGCGUCGCCGACAAGAUCACCUGGUUCCAGGGCGACUGCUUCGAGAUCAUCCAGACCCACCUCAUGGACCUGGCCCCGUACAGCGUGCUGUUUGCCAGUCCCCCCUGGGGCGGUCCCGGGUAUCGCUCCGACAAGGUCUUCAAUCUCCGCACCAUGGAGCCGUACUCGCUGGCCAAGCUGUACAAUGAAUACGCCCUCUUCACGGAGUACAUCGCCCUCUACCUCCCCCGCACCUCGGAUGUGAAGCAGCUGGCCAAGGUGGUGAAGGAUGGGCAGAAGGCGACAGUGCAGCAUUAUUGCAUGGAGGGGGCCAGCAAGGCGUUGUGUAUCUAUUAUGGCGCAUGGAAUGUGGAAUGAUUUGCUCUUUCUCGGAUUGCUUGUUUCGGGUUUCACUGGAGUGAGGUUGAUGGAUGGGGUUUGCUUUUCAUGUACAAUACCACAGUUUUAUUUUGUAUUAACCAAAUACCCAUGGAUUCACU